CAUACAUACACAUACCCAUACCCAUACUACAUAUACAUACAACGUACAUAACUGUAUGGUAUUGGUACCUUUCCUUUCCUUCCCGAACAAGGAAAUAAAUCUUCCUUGGUAUGCGUAUCUAAUGUAUGUAUGUUGGAAGGUACCUACAGCUGUCACUGCAAAAUUCAAUAUGCGCCCGGAGAGGAAGAGAGAAAAGGGAAAUAAAAUUGAAGAGAAAACGAAAAUCUACUCACGAAUUAAACCAAAGUAAGUAGAGCCCGAUUUGGAUACUAGGGCGGCUAUUCGGAAAUACCAGAUAGUUUAGUUAGGGAGCAGUAGCAUAGUCGUCAGUCGCUUCUAUUCUCC